AUGUUUAAGCCGCAGACUUUAUACCAGAGGAUAAAUUUUCGUUUUGUUCGUAGCUAUUACACGGAGACACCAUUGGUUACGCCGAAACAGUUAUGGCCAUAUGAGAGCUUACAGAGGUGGAAAAAUCCUCCAGAACGAAAGGUAGAGGCAGAUGAGGAACGUUUAAGAAAGAUAUGUCGUGUAUUGAAAGUCUCUCAGUAUGACUUGAGGAUCACAAAUAUUAACGAACUUCGGAAAUGUUUAUACAUCAGCAAAAACUUCAAAGUACAGGCUGGGCCUACUAAUGAUGACACCUAUCCAUUGAAAGAACUAAUUUACAUGGGAUAUUCGGAGCUCCAUCAAAAACUAUCUAAAUGGUUGGAUAAUUUGCCAAAAAACAUGUUAAAAACAAAUCCCGCAUUUACACCAGAUACGGGGACGCAUGAAACUGCAUAUAUGCUGAUCGAUCAGUUCCUAAUUAGGAAGAAAUUGAAAUAUCUGGCACGUUUGUCAAAAUGUGAAACUAAAAUCCUACCAAAAGUACGAAAAGCGAGUGAUGUUGAGUGUUUCUGCUGCAUUAUUGGAUAUUUGUAUGUGUGUAAUGGACAGACGACCAUGGAUCGGCUGUUGGAUGAAACCAUUGUGAAGCCAAUCAUCAGGCGAGUGGUCAGAUUAUCAUGA